CUUACUGAGAAUAAAAAUGCAAUAUCAUUGAUAUUCAGUUGCACCCAACUCCAGCGGCUGCAUACACGCUCAUGUUGUGAUCAGUGAAAAUAUUACAAACACAAUGAGUGCGUAUUAAAUUGUGCCAAUAUUUGUGGAUUGUUUCAACAUCACUACAAUAAUUAUGACGCAAACAAUGACGGAAACGCGGCAAGGACCCGAUGUGACGAAGCUGAGCAAGUCCAGGGAGGCAGACUGGCCCACAGUCCUCUUCUUUAUACACAUUCAUCUCCUCUCCUUGUAUGGAACAUGGAUCUUGUUCACAGAAGCCAAAUUACUGACAAUUAUAUUAUUCGUGACAUUGAUAUCAAUUGCGAUAUUAGGAGUGACGACAGGAGCUCACAGGCUCUGGGCACAUGCUACAUACACAGCAAGCACAGAAUUAAGAAUAGUUCUUAUGUUAUUCCAAACUCUGGUUGGUCAGGGUUCCAUAUAUGAUUGGGUACAACAACAUAGACUACAUCACGCUCACUUCAAGACGGACGGUGACCCGUUCGAUCACAGCCAUGGAUUCCUGUACGCCCAUUUCUUCACCAGACUACGAAAACUCAGCGAAUACCAGAUUGCGCUGAAAGAUUCCAUAGACAUGUCUGACAUUGAGAAGGAUUGCGUCGUUAUGUUUCAAAAAAGGUUUUACUGGAUAUUAUACGCAAUAAUAUUCCUGCUGUUACCUUUGAAUGCACCUCUUGAAUAUUGGGAUGACAGCAUUUUGAGUUCAAUAUUCGUUAUUGGAUUUUUAAGAUACUGUAUCGUGUUACACGCUUCAUGGUUAGUUGAAAGUGGAGUGGCUCUCUGGGGACUUCAAGAGGGUGAGAAAUAUCCCCCGGAUAGCAACAGUGUGUUCAUAAUCAACCGAACUUUCUGGCCUCAUUACCACUACAUAUACCCAAAGGACUACAAGUCUGGCGAGUUCGGAACUUACGGUACUGGAUGUUCCACGGCGUUUAUAAGAAUUUACGCGGCUAUGGGUCUUGCUACAAAUUUAAUAACAUUAGAGCCUCACACCCUACAAGUGGCUAUGGCAGAAUCUGUCAGAACGAAAAAAUCGAUUCCCGAAUGUAUCGAAGAAGCCAUCAAGGCGCAAACGCUCGCCGAAGAUCACUUUCUAAAGAAAUAACUAGAACAAUAGAUUAAUUAAAUUAUGUUAUUUAGAAACUUUGUUUAAAUAUAAUAUCUAGUACAAAGACUUGUUGUCUA